UAGAUCACUAAGGGAAACUCUCAGUCGUAGGUGAGAUCCUGGAACACGACAAAGAUAUCCGAAGAUCACACCAGUGGACUCCGCGUUUCAUCCUAGCAGCUGGAAUACAGUAGCUCAUCAAAACCAACUGACUUCUAGCGGUACCAACGCCCGUCGCCCUCUCUCCUGCUCGGGUCACUUCGUCUCUGUGUCACCAUGGCUCCGACACUAACCACAGCCUUCGCGCGCCGCUGGUGGAUGGCCGUGACCGCCAUCAUCGAGAACCUGCUCUUCUCCGCCGUGCUUCUCGGAUGGGGGUCUCUGCUGAUCAUGCUCAAGUCUGAGGGCUUCUACUCCUACAUGUGCACCGAUCCUGGAAACAGCUCGGCCUUGCUGAACCUCACCCUACCCCCCGUGUCCGGCGUUGACCAGCCCCUGGUGGCGUCGGAGGACGAUGAGGUGGACUACUACGCCGACGUGGAGGUGAGCCCGCUUCAGGGCCAGAGCGGGGUGGAGGUGCGCAAGCUGCACCCGGAGGAGCCCAUGAUGCGCAUGAACGGCUGGCUCAUCUGCAAGGAGCAGGACGAGAUGCUCAACAUGGCCUUCACCAUGGGCUCCUUCCUGCUCAGCGCCAUCACGCUGCCCCUGGGCAUCGUCAUGGACAAGUACGGCCCGCGCAAGCUCAGGCUGCUGGGCAGUGCGUGCUUCUCUUUCUCCUGUCUGCUGAUUGCGUAUGGAGCCUACAACCCAAACGAGCUGUCGGUGCUCAUCUUCAUCGCCUUGACCUUCAAUGGGUUUGGAGGAAUGUGUCUGACCUUCACAUCUCUAACUGUGUCCAACAUGUUCGGAGACCUGCGGUCCACGUUCAUCGCCCUGAUGAUCGGCUCGUACGCCUCCUCGGCCGUCACCUUCCCAGGUGUUAAGGUGAUCUAUGAUCUGGGAGUGCCAUUCAUCACCAUCCUGGUAGUGUGGGCAGCAUGCGCUUUACUCGUCUUCUUCAACUGCUUCUUCAACUGGCCCCUGGAACCUUUCCCUGGACCCGAGGACAUGGACUACAGCGUGAAGAUCAAGUUCAGCUGGCUGGGUUUCGACCACAAGAUCACCGGAAAGCAGUUCUACCAGCAGGUGACCACCGUGGGCCGGCGCCUGAGCGUGGGCAACUCCCUCAAGCAGAAGGAGCUGUCCACCAGGGACGGACACAAGCUCUGCCUGUCCACCAUGGACCUGGAGGUCCAGUGCAAGCCAAAGGAAGAAUCCCAGUCGUUCAUGAAGAGCAUCCUGACCCCUCUGUUCGCUCUGUCUCUGGUCACCAUGUGUGUGACUCAGCUCCGUCUCAUCUUCUACAUGGGAGCCAUGAACAACAUCCUGGAGUCCCUCAGCGGCGGAAACCUCGACACAGUGAGUCUAUACACCUCAAUCUUCGGUGUGAUGCAGCUCUUGUGCCUCAUGACGACUCCGGUCAUUGGUCAGAUCAUGGACUGGAAGCUCAAAGACUGCGAGGAUCCGGACAGCGACGAGAAGAAGGAACUCAGCAAGGACCAGCCCCAACCAAAGAAGCAGGACAAACAGAUCCAGAAGAUCACCAACGCCACGCGAGCCUUCAUCGUCACCAACCUCCUCCUCGUGGGCUUCGGAGUCACCUGCCUCAUCCCUAACCUGCCUCUACAGAUGGUGUCUUUUGUCCUGCACACCAUCGUCAGAGGAUUCAUCCAUUCAGCUAUUGGCGGACUCUAUGCUGCUGUGUACCCCUCGUCCCAGUUCGGUAGUCUGACGGGGAUGCAGUCGCUGGUGAGCGCUCUGUUUGCACUGAUCCAGCAGCCACUCUUCAUGUGCAUGAUGGGACCGCUGGAGGGAGACCCCACCUGGGUGGACGUUGGGCUGUUUGGCGUGAGCAUGUUGGGCUUCCUGCUGCCCCUCUACCUCAUCUUCUUCCGCAGACAGCUGAUCAAGAUGAAGAAGGAGAGGGACAACGAUGCCAAGAUCUACCUGAAGAUCAACGGGAACAGCAGUCCAGAGGCCUUCGUGUAGUCACAGCAUAACGGAAGCGUUGAAACGAGGAGUUAACGGAAAAAAAGAGAGAAAGAGAGUGUUAGGAGAGGAGAGCCAGAAAGAGAGAGUGGAGUUUUGCCGGUCUCUUGUGGACUGUGCCAUGAAUUCCAAUCUCUUUGAGAAGAGCUUCGCCUUUCCAGUUAUUUAUUUCAGUGCCUUCUUAUCAGAUGAGAGUUUCAGCUGAUGUCGUCCAAAUCUCUUGUUAUCACAAAACGUUUCGUCUUUCAACAUUUUAGGUGUAUAUUCUCAUUGUAACACAUUUUAAGUAUGAAUUAUCGUAUAGACACUGAUAUUUCUGUAUACGGCAUUUUUGAGACUAAAGAACCUUGACCAACACUAUGGUGCUCUUUUUAGAGACUGCUACAGAGUGUUUUGAUAUUGCUCACUAAACAUUAUUUAUGUUUAGCAAAUUAGCAGAGAAAGUGCUUGAUGAUACUCUCAGUAACAAGAGGGAUGGUCAGUUGAAUACAAUGUGCCCUGGUUUUACCAUAGAGGCCUGCUAAUCUACUUCAGGCCUUCUUUAAAAGGUGAAUGUGAUUUGUCACAUUCAGAUAUGCAAAAGCCACAUUUAUGUAUUUAAUUUUGUAAAUAUAUUUUUAUGAUGAAAGUUGAUGCAGACAAUAUUUAUACAUAAAAGUAAGUGGCUUUGCUUUGUGAAUGCUUUGUAUUUGAAUUGUUCUUUUUUUUUUUUUAAUAAUAAUUCUUUGUCUUUUAUGAGCCUACCAGUCAUAAACUCAGCACUUUUGACAUAAUGUCUUCAUCCCCUUUCUCUGUUUAUAUUGUAGGGAAUAUCCUUUGUUUGGAAACUAUCGAUUUCAGUAUUUCUAACAUUCAUAUUUUUAAACCAUUUAAAAGCAUUAUUGCUUAAUGUAUUUUACGUAACAUGUUAUUGUGUUGACGGCUAUUGAUAGGUUAUGUGAAAAAGACUGAGUGGUUGAAAAUGAUGUUGGUACAAUGUCGAAAGAAUGUUGUGAACUUGCAGUCAGAAUAGGCAGAUAGGCCGCCCGCUUCAUCGCUUGUAAUUAAUAUUGCCUUAUUUUGUGUAUUUAUUUGAUUUCUAUUCUAUGACAUUUCUCAUCAGAAUCAUAUUUUUUGUGAAGUAUCUUUGCGGCCUUUUCUUUAUAACUUCCUUUUUCCUCGGUCUUGUAGUGGACUUUGUAAAAGGUAUUUUUAUUUGUUUAGAGGCAUUAUUGUAAGUGUGAGUAAUAAAUUAUUGCUAU